AUGUCAUCUAUCACCAAAGACUCUCUUAAAUCUAUCCCGCUCUCGUUCGCCUCAUGCUCGAUCGGAUCACACUCCUCUGACACGCUACCGCGUAAGCUUGAAGCAAUCAGCAACGCAGGCUACACGGCGAUUGAGCUCUCCUUCCCAGACAUCCAGGACUACGGGUCACGCCUGCUGGGCCACCAGAUUGCAGAGGAGAACUAUGCCGAGCUCAUCUCGGCAGCGGGGGAGAUCAAGAAACUGUGCCGGGCGACCUCGCUGAAGGUGAUGAUGUUGCAGCCCUUUGCCAACUAUGAGGGCUGGCCGAGGGGUUCCGUGGAGCGACAGGCUGCUCUCGCACGGGCAAAGGGGUGGAUUGAAUUGAUGAAUGUUAUCGGAACGGACUUACUACAGGUCGGAUCAACCGACACGCCCGAGGACCGAAUCAGCAUGCGCCGCGAGGACAUUGUCGCCGACCUACGUGAGCUGGCCGACAUGCUCGCCCGACGGAACAUGCGACUGGCAUACGAAAACUGGUGCUGGUCGACGCACGCCCCGCGCUGGAAGGACGUGUGGGAGAUUGUGCAGGCGAUCGACCGGCCGAACGUGGGGUUAUGCCUGGACACGUUCCAGACGGCGGGGAGUGAAUGGGGGGACCCUACGACCGAGUCUGGAACAUUGGAGGAUGUGUCAUGCGAAGACCUGGAUCAACGGUUUGCCGAGAGCAUGGACGAGUUGGCUCGCACCGUGCCUGCCGAAAAGAUCUAUCUGCUUCAAAUCUCGGACGCGUACAAACCCGCCACCCCGAUCCCCAAGACAGUCCUGUCACCAGAUGGCUUGCGUCCUCGAGGGCGCUGGAGCCACGACUACCGGCCCAUGCCGUAUGACGGUGGGUUUCUACCCAUCGAGGCCGUGGCGCGGGCGGUUCUACGGACGGGCUUCCGCGGGUGGUUCUCGAUGGAGGUCUUCGACGCCGGGCCUGACGGUAAGGGGAAGCAUCACGAGAUGCUGGAUUUUGCAAAGCAGAGCAUGCAGAGCAUGCAGCGGUUAUUGAUGAACUGCGCCGAUGCAUGA